AUUUUUUUGACCGUAGCGUUUAUUAUACCAUAAUAGGAAACACAAAAGAAGAACCUACGCCAUCCCUUCCAAUCCAAUCCAUCCGUUAAAUCUCGCAUCGCUUGAUCGGACGGUCCUGCAUCGUCAGAUGGGGGAAUCGCCGGGUGAAUCACCAUCCUUCGGCGGCGAGGUUUCCAGGCUUGUGGAACAAGCCAAGGAGUUGCAGGACGCCGCCUCCUCCCUCAUCUCCCGCACUUCCGCCGAAGAAGAUGCGCUCCGCCAGCGCGUCGCCUCACUUGAUUCGCACAUUAAUUCGCUUCGUUCUUCCCUCCGCAGCUCCAAGAACUACGAUAAAUUGGAAGAGGAGUUGACGAGAGCGAGAUAUAUAUUGAGUGAAGGAGAUGCAGCAGCAUUCCUUCCCAGCAAAUCUCAUGGGAGGUUUUUGAGGAUGUUUUUGGGGCCGAUUAAUGUGAGGGCUAAUAGGAAGGAUGUGCAGUUGAAAGUGAAAGAAGAAUACAAUAAUUUCAGGGACAGAACAGCAUUUUUGUUCCUCUGUUUGCCAUCACUACUGCUUAUAUUAAGGUCAUGGAUUUGGGAUGGAUGUCUACCUGCAUUACCAGUUCAACUUUACCAGGCAUGGUUGCUGUAUCUUUACACCGGUUUGGCUCUAAGAGAAAAUAUCUUGAGAGUUAAUGGAAGUGAUAUACGUCCAUGGUGGAUUAAACAUCAUUACUGUGCCAUGGCCAUGGCUCUCAUUAGUCUAACUUGGGAGAUAGAGAGCGGACCUGAUUGUGCCCAGAAACAGAGAGGUGUACAACUGUUUCUGAAAUGGGCAAUAAUGCAAGGCGUUGCCAUGAUGCUUCAGAAUAGAUAUCAAAGGCAGAGACUGUAUACACGUAUUGCGCUUGGCAAGGCCAGGAGAAUGGAUGUUGUUUGGGGAGAAACUGCUGGAGUGGAGGGGCAGUUACUGCUGCUGUGCCCUAUACUUUUCAUUUUACAGGGUUUCGAAGCCUAUGUUGGCGUAUUGUUGCUCCAAACUGCACUUGUUAGAGUCAGUUCAGAUUGGCAGGUUAUUACAUGUGGGAUUCUUCUCAUUAUCAUGGCUGUUGGGAAUUUUGCUAACACGGUGCAGACCCUCAUGACUAAGUCUAGAGUUAAGGCAAAAAUUAAGAGAGGUAAAAGCAGGCAAGAACUGAAUCAGGGAUCUGAUGGGAAGAGUUUGUGAUUGGGAAGAGAGCUCUCAUUACUUCAAUGCUGUAAUAAUGGGGUUGACUUAUGCAUGCAAUUCUUUUUUUUUUUUUUUUUUGCAGUAGUGUUUUGACUUUUAUGCUUAGGCCAUUCGGCUGGUGUCCGACAGUAAUCUUUAAUUUUAGGAGUUAGGGAGUUGAAGCGAGUCUCCUACUCUUGUACCAUAAUGUUAUCUACACCUGCAUCUCAUGUUCUAGUAUAUUUUAUACACUGUUUUGAUUUCAUCCUACUAGAGGCCGGUUCUCUUUAUAA